AUUUGAAAAAUUUAUCAGAAAAACAAAUAAACUAAAGUAAAGUUUAAUUUUUUCAAAUGUGUGAUAAGAAAAAAGAAAUUAUUGAGCAAUAUGUUGCUAAUGAUAACAUUUGGAAUUCAGAAACAUCAAGUGCUUUUGAGAAAGCAGCAGCCUGGCGGCGUCAGAUUAUUUUGUUGAUAGAUCCAAUUCAUGAAUUGCCGAAAUCUGAAAGUUUUGAGCUGUUGCAACGUCAUUACAAUCGAUUGAAUUCUAAAUGUAUGGAUGAAUAUGAAAAGCAACGUAUAGAAUUAGUAAAAUCUUUGCUGAAGAAAAAUAGCUUACCUCCAACCACUGUACAUAAAAGAGAAAAUUGCAAAUUCGAGGACUUAGAUUUUGAAGAUCCUUGUCAUGGAAAGUACGAAAGUUGCAGAAGUAUCGAAAUAAAUAGCAGUGAUCUGCAGUAUUUAAGAAAAUGUAAUACUCGAGAAGACGAGGAUAUAAUUGACGUUGAUGUGGAAGAAGCGCAACCAAGAAGCAGUAUAAUGAAUUUCUUGCAACCUCGUAAAAACCCUAACCAUUGUAAGGGGGUUAUUGCAAAGAAUAACAGUAAUAGAAACGAAGGCGGUGAGGCAUUAAAUUGUGAUAGUAUGAAUUCUGUCACUCCUAACAUUGAUAAUACAUUCAAAACAGCAAGGGAAAUGCUAAUAUCUAAAAGCGUUCAAAAACAAAAUCCUGGUAUCGAAACUGAGAAUGCGACUAUAAAGGGUAGUGUCAACAAUAACAACAGAAAAGAUGUUCCAGUGUAUUUUAACUAUGGAAUAACGAAAAAAAUGUUGGGUUCUCGUAGAACAAUAAGGUCGGGCUUUGUAUUGCCUGUUGCGAAAGAUAGCAUGUCGAUGAACCCAUCACCACCCCUCAAUAGUUCACCACCAUUAAGCUCAUCACCUGAAGAGGUAGAUGACCGUCUUAUUAAUAUAGAUCCAAAAAUGGUGGAUCUAAUAAAAAAUGAAAUUAUGCACAAAUAUAAACCCAUGAAUUGGGACGAUAUCGCUGGUCUGGAGUAUGUAAAAUCGAUUAUUAAAGAAGCGGUGGUUUACCCUAUUUUACGACCCGAUAUAUUUACUGGCCUUCGACGCCCUCCGCGUGGAAUUCUGCUAUUUGGACCGCCUGGGACAGGAAAGACACUGAUUGGAAAAUGUAUCGCUUCCCAAUCGAAUUCAACGUUUUUUAGUAUAAGUUCGUCUUCUUUAACAUCAAAGUGGGUUGGUGAGAGUGAAAAAAUGGUGCGAGCAUUGUUUGCUGUAGCAGCAGUACAUCAACCCUCGGUAGUUUUUAUCGAUGAAGUUGAUUCUCUUUUAUCUAAACGGUCCGAAAGUGAACAUGACAGCUCCCGUAAAUUAAAAAAUGAAUUUUUGGUACAAUUAGAUGGCGCUGCCACUAGCGAGGAAGAUCGUGUUCUCAUUGUUGGUGCUACUAAUAGGCCACAAGAAUUAGAUGACGCUGCACGCAGACGAUUUGCAAGGCGACUAUACAUUCCACUUCCUGAAAAGAAAGCGCGCAUACAAAUCCUCAAUAACUUGUUGGGUACUGUUAGCAAUGAUCUGAAUGAAAUUAACAUAGAGGAAAUUGGGCAUAAGACUACCGGUUACUCGGGUGCCGACAUGGAUAUUCUUUGUCGCGAAGCAUCUAUGGAACCAUUGCGCUCAAUACCGCCUGAUGAGAUUCCACAUAUAAUAAAAGAUAAGGUGCGCCCUGUAAAUAUCGAUGAUUUUAAAUCAGCUUUACAAACUGUCCGACCUAGUGUAUCAAAAGAUGAUUUGAGUCAGUAUAUAGAAUGGAAUAAGGAAUAUGGUGCAAUGCAACAAAUAAAAUAAAUAUGCCAAACAUAUUAUAUUAUAUAUUUAAAUUAUUUAAAAAGUCUUGAAUAAUUUAAAUGCUCGUCGUUGAUCUUAACAAUGUCAACAAAAUUGAAAAUACAAACAUGUAUGGAAAGGUUCAAUAAAAUAUAUAUUUUGUUAAA